CUGGCCUGUUCUUGCUUCUCAGUCAGUGUUAAGAUGGCGAGUAAGAUGGCAGGCGACUUAGACGAACAGUCCUUGACGUGUCCACUAUGUAUGCUGCAUUUUAGAGACCCCAGAGUCCUGCCAUGUCUGCACACAUUCUGUAGGGAGUGUCUGCAAGAAUGGGCCGCCAAACAACAGCCGCUGGAGUGUCCAACCUGCCGCACACAGGUCAGUCUACCAGACCAAGGUGUGGACGGACUCAGGGCCAACGUCUACGUCAACAACCUGCUGGACUUCGCGGCCGUGAAGAAAGGGGCGGGGCCAGGUGUGCCGUGCCAGGUGUGUGAGGGAGGGCAGAACGGGGACAAGUCGUGGUGUGUCGACUGUACUGCCUGGAUGUGUGGCACCUGUACAACCGUACACCGGAAACUCCCGGGUACAAAAGAGCACGACGUUGUCCCCGAAGAGGUACUCAAGGCAGAGAAAGACGUGAGUAAAUUCCAGCGCAAACGUUACUGCCACAAACACAAGAACCAGGAACUGGUCUUCUACUGUGAGAGCUGUAACGCUUUGGUAUGCACGGCAUGUACCGUGGUCGACCAUAGACCAGGUCAUGACCACAAUCCUGUAGAAGUUAGCUCCAUUGUCGACAACAAGAAAGACAAGCUAGAACACCUCCUCGGCCAGGUGGAUCCACGUCUUAAAGACAUGCAGGAUGCUCUUAAGGAAUUCGACAAAGAAAUGAUGAAGCUGGACAACUCAAGAAUAGUAUCGGUCAACCAAGCGAGCUCAUACUUCCAGCUUCUCUCAGACCUUCUACAGAAGCGCGAGAGGGAAGUCUUGAGCCAGAUUGACGUGACUUAUCGAGGCAUAGGGAAGACCUUAGAGUCGCAGAAAGGAGAGGUGGAGUUGGGAGUCGCCAGGCUCGCGAGCGCCCGGACCUUCUGUCGGCAAGCCGUGGGCCAUGGCAACGAGAUGCACCUUCUGGAGGUCGGGGAGCACGCGCAGAGGAGGGUCGAAGGUCUGCUUCUAGAACGAGUCAAUCUGAAGCCGGAACAAGAGAAAGUCCAAUUCUCGGAGAAAGUAAGCGUGGUGGAGUUUAAGAAAGACGUUGAGAGGUUGGGGAUGGUGAGUUCGACGGUGAAUGUUGACGCCUUGAAGUGCAGAGUGGUGACCAAGACGCCAGUGGUGGGACUUGAGUGUGCAUCAGUGCUUGAGACUGUAGAUGAAGAGGGGCAGGCAAUCGCAGUAGGUUGUGAAACCGUCACAGCGUGUCUGACAGGACCGACGGGAAAUAGGGCGGUACCAACACAGCUGCGAGCAAAGAACGAGGGGCGACUGUGGGAAAUUCUGUACACUCCAGAGUUCACGGGGAAGCAUAUGUUAGAGGUCAAGGUCAAAGAUAGGGAUGUAGCUGGCAGUCCAUUUGAUGUCUUUGUGCGAAGUAGGGAAAGCGCUGUCAUAACUAUUGGAAGUGAAGGUAAUGAGGAGGGGCAACUGAAAAAGCCGAUAGAUGUGGCAAUAGAUGGGGACGGUAACGUUGUAGUGCUGGAACAGGUGAACAGGCGUGUACAGGUGUUCCAUGCGGGCCAAGGUCACAUGUUGAAACGCUUCCCAAUAGACAGCGAAGGGCUGUUCGGUACAGAUACGGACUCCAGCGGAAACCUGUAUGUAACAUCAUACGGCACGGACUAUGGCGUCAGGAAGUAUUCAAAGGAAGGGGAACUUUUGGCGACGUUCAAUCCCGAAUUUCUGCGGCAUCCGCUUGGAGUUGCAGUUCUGCAGGACGGCCGCAUGGUGGUGGCGGACAAGCAGCAGAAGUCGUGUCUGCUCCUGCAGCCUGACGGGAGCCUCAUCCGGGACAUCGGCAAGGGGCAGCUGCAGGACCCAUGGUUCAUCGCGGCUGACCAGUCACGUGGCCUGAUAUUCGUCACGGACAACCGCGCCCACAAGGUCGUGGUGUUUGACCUUGACGGCAACCUGAAGUUCAGUUUCGGCAAGCGGGGAACGAACCAGGGGGAGCUGAACGGCCCCACAGGCGUGACGUUAGACCGGGCAGGUAACGUCAUCGUCGCCAACAAAGCGGACGGGCGCGUACAGGUGUUCGGGCCUGACGGGACCUACCUCCGAACCGUGACCACGACUAGAGGCGCCCCACACGGACUCGCACUCACCGCGGAUGGUUACGUAGCUGUAGCAUACUAUAGCGGGCAUUGUGUAGAACUGUAUAGGUACAAAUGAACACCACUGGCCUAGCUUGAUGUUGACUUUAGAAGAGUUUGUUUAGUAACAGUUAGCUUUGUUAUUGUAUCUUUAACGCCAAAAUUUAGAAGGAAUGGUCAUAAACUUUUUCUUACUU